AUGGCGUUUGCGAGCGAUGUCUCCAAGAUGAUGAUGGCGGCGCACCCGCCGCCUGCUGGCCGUCUGGCGAUGGCGUCCGGCGCCUCGUCUCUUCUCCAGCGGAGCAACAGUUCGGGCUCUCUGUCGUCUCAGAUGAGUUUCUCGUCGACCGCGCGCGGAGCGCUCCGGCCUCCCGGAGCGUCGGAGAAGUCCCAGCCGUUCCUCGGAGCCGCAGGCGCAACUUCGCGCACACCUGCGGGAGGGAACGGCGCGUUUCUCGCCUCGCACUUGCCGCUAGGUCGCGCAGCUGGGUCUGCUGUCUCGGGCCUCGACGCACGCCCCAGUCUCCGCCUGUCUCCUGGAGACGGGAAGCCGCGCGCAGGCUCUGCCGUUAGUGCGCCGAGUCAGGCGGCGCAGGGGAUGGUUGUGGUCUUUCGCGGGCAGCAAACCGGCGUCGGCUUUCUGCUGAACAAACUCCUCGAGCUCCUUAAGAAGGAAGCUGGCCGCAGCUUCCACGUCAAGGAAAUUGAGAAGAGCCUCAUUCAGAUGGGCUUCACAGGCCUCCACCCCUUCUUCCAACCCAAUUCGGAGUUCGUGAAGCUUCUGAGCAGCAACGAGCGGAUCGGCUACAACCCGCGCGCCCGAACGUUAGCGUUUCACAAUCCGUUCCAGACGAUCACUUCUUGCAGCGCCUUGCUGGCAAAAAUCCAGCACGAAGGGGCUCUCACUGGUUUGAAAGUCGACUCGGAGUUGCUGUGCGCGCAUGCAGAGAUGACGGACUGGAUUAAUUCGCUCCUCGCAUCUCGGCAAGUUCGGGCCAUUCGGUGCAACAACAACCACCUGCGGGGAAAGAGAAAAUGCGCUGCGCUUGGCACGAGUACAUUAGGAAGCGCGGCGAACUCGGCUGCAGUCUGCGAUAUCUACGCCGCCCGCAAGUGCGCGAAUUGUCGCCAGAACCUCUGCGGUCUGCUCCUCUAUCCGCUCGGCGAAGAAAUUUACGAACAAGCGAGAAUGGAUCUCGACGCCGAAGUGAAGGGGCUCUGGGAUUCAAUCGUCCUCCCGCCUCUCGAAGACAUCAUCAAAGAGUGCGAUCCGAACAGAAGCCUCACGCGCCAAACCGCAGCCGCGGCGGCUCAGGAUAAGACUCAGCUGAAACGACGCGCCGAGGAAAAGCGAGUCUCGAGAUUUCGCAGCAAGUUUCGUCGCAUCCACAACACGCACUUGUUUACCGCGGAAGAAUUGCGAGCAUUUACGAACGAACAAGCUUCGUCAUAG